AUGUAUUUUUGUCCGAUACGCAACCAGUACCUGCAUCCACCUUCUCAACCCACGGCUACCAACUCCCAUGAACGGCCCUCUCGUCCUCUAGAGCAGCUUUCUCCGGUAAGAGCUAGCAGUGCUAGAGUACCUCACAACAUCGUGAUCGUACCACAGAGCCACUCUAGCGAUAAUGCCCUCACAAAGAUCGAGGCCUUGUUCGAGACCAUUGUGGAUGCUAUCAGUGUCGGAAGUCCCAUUACCAUACCAUAUCGGCGGUCGACUAACGCGCAAGUAUUCGACCCGACUGCCUCUGCCUCAAAUCCAAGGGAUGGGCGGCACAUGGAUUCCGUACGCUUUCCGGGACGCAACCCGCAAGAGCUCCGAAGAUUUGAAGCCUUGUUCCGCAUCAUCGAGAUUUCUCACGAAGCACUCCUGUCUGGAACUCUAGUCACAAAGAGGAACAUUUACUACCAAAACAUGGAAUUAUUCAGGUCACAGAGCGUGGUGGAUGACAUGGUGGACAAUCUUGCAUUCACACUUGGAGUGGGACGUAAUGAUUUGAAUAUUGUCGCCACCGCAAAGGGCCUCGUUGCUGGCCAGGUAGAACUCAUCAUGCGUGGCGGUUCCAAGAUCGAUUGUGCCGAGUCUUCCGAUAGUGGUGUUUUGUUGCCAUCAAUUAGCGCAGUUGGGAAGAUCGACUUUCAGUCCGUCAAAUGGCUGCUGGUCAUUGAAAAGGAGGCCACCUUUCGAACACUCUCCGCUUCGCGCUACUAUACAGUCUCUCGAGCAGGAAGUGGUAUCUUGGUGACUGGAAAGGGAUAUCCCGACCUUGCUACACGAAAGUUCCUCGCCGCCAUCCACUCGGUUCGACCGCGUUUACUCAUGUUUGCCCUGGUCGACUUCGAUCCCCAUGGGAUCUCUGUUCUACGGACUUACCAAUAUGGCAGCCAACGUCUGGACCACGAGGAGCGCACCAAGGUGUUUGGAUUAAGAUGGCUCGGAAUUCGCAGCAGCGAUGUCCUCUUAAACACAGUGAUGACGCAAGAUUGCUCCGCCAACAGUCAGGGAAGUCAAUCGAGCCAAGACCUCUCAAGUCAGGAAUCAAUAGCUUAUUCUGUGGAUGCAUUCGAAGAUGAACGUCCGGCGAAGAGGCCAAGAAGUCGAAGAACGAAAAGCCAUCCAAGCGACUACACAGCGUCACUCAGCGAAAGGGACAGGGAGAAAGCCGUCAGCGUUUUGCGAGACAUAUGCGGUACGGCGAGACUAGACGCUACAGAGCGGGAGCACAAGCUUGAAUUGCAGAGAAUGUUGAUGCUCAACAUCAAGGCGGAGAUACAGGCGGUCGACGAUUUUGGCGAUAUUACGAACUGGCUGGAUGAACGACUGUUGAAACACAGCAUGGAUGUGAACUCGCACUGAUAGAUAUUCGGCAUAGGUUUUGGGGACAUAAUCUUUAGACACAUGACAAACC